AUGAUGAUGCUUUUGAUGGUCCUGCUUGGGUUGCUGCCUCGUACUGUGUGCAAACUGCAAUCCAUUCAUUCCAGUACAAAGUCUUAUUCCACCAAGUGCAGUGUAAGUGACCCACUUCCCAUUUUGCAUGAGUUUUACCAGCCAGGAGACCUAGCCAUUGGAGAAAUCACUUCCCAAAUCUUUUAUCUGCGUUUCCCAACUAAUUUCAGAGAAGAACCCUCUCCUGUGUUGAUCAAGGAAGCCAUUAUGAUGCCAAAGAACUACAAGCAUGCCCUAGCCUUGGUGUUUGCUAUAAAGGAAAUCAAUGACAAUCCUUCCAUUUUACCCAACACCACAAUGGGAUUCCGUAUCUAUGACAGCUAUAACAAUCCACAAAUGACUUUUAUGAGCACCUUUAGUCUUCUUUCCACCCAGCAUAGAUUUUUGCCCAACUAUAGAUGUGAUAUCCAAAGCCCUCUGAUAGCCACCAUUGGGGGAUUUUGUUCUGAGACCACUCUGUAUAUGGCCAUUGUCUUAGACACCUACAAGAUCCCACAGCUUGUUUAUGGUUCCCUUGAUUCCAGUAUGAAUAAGAAAAUAUCACUCUCUUCUUUGUAUCGAAUGGUUCCAGAUGAAUUCCAUCAGCGCACUGGGAUUGUCAAGUUACUUUUGCAUUUCAGGUGGACUUGGGUUGGGCUCUUCACUGUAGAUGACAAUGAUGGGGAUAAGUUUUUGCAGACGUUGGGACCCAUGAUUUUUGCAAAUGGCAUCUGUUUUGCCUUUGUGGAAAAAACAUUAAAAUGGACUUUUGCAGAAAGUAUGCUGGAUGUGUUCUCAAAUGAGGUAAAAAUAUUUUCAGCUCUUAUGGGAAGCAAUGCAAAUGUGUUCAUUGUGUAUGGUACACCUCCAUCCCUGCUGAAUAUGAGCUGGAAACUUCACAUGACUAUAUUGGAUUCAUAUAUGGGUAAGGUGUGGAUUCUGACACCACAGUGGGAUUUCAGAUCCAGUACAUUCAAUGGAGAUCGUAACAUGCAACCCUUCCACGGGGCCAUAUCUUUGUCUCUUCAUUCCAGUGAACCCCUAGGAUUCAGGACAUUUCUUCAAAGCAUAAAUCCCUCCUGGGCAAAGGAAGAUGGCUUUGUCAAAGACUUCUGGGAGCAGAGUUUCAACUGUUCAUUCAAAAACGUUAUUGCGCAAGAGGGUGGGGAGACCAAAGAAGGCUGCACUGGAAAAGAGAUACUUGGAAACCUUCCAAGCACUUAUUUUGAAAUGAGCAUGACUGGCCAUACUUACAAUGUUUAUAAUGCUGCCCUUACCAUUGCAUAUGCUCUGCACAAUAUGCAUGAAUCUAGAUCCAAACACAGAUCAUGGCCUGCUGGCAAGAUCCCGGAUUUGUGGAAUUUACAGCCAUGGCAGUUCCAUCCUUUUCUAAAGAGUAUUUCAUUUAAUAACAGUGCUGAAGAAACAGUGCACUUUGAUGAGAAUGGAGAAUUAAUAACUGGCUUUGACAUUACAAACUGGGUGUCUUUCCCUAACAAAUCUUCUGCUAGAGUCAGAGUUGGAAGGCUGGACCCUCAGGCUACUCCAGGCAAAGAAUUAUCAAUUCAGGAUGCCCAUAUUGUGUGGCAGAAAACAUUUAACCAGGUGACGCCUAUUUCUCUGUGCAAUGACCACUGCCAACCUGGUUACCACAAGAAGCCAAAGGAAGGAGAACCAUUUUGUUGUUAUGAUUGUGCUCCAUGUCCAGAAGGGAAGAUUUCAAACCAGAAAGAUGAGGAUGUUUGUGUCAAUUGUCCAGAAGAUCAAUAUUCAAAUCUAGAUCAAGACCAAUGCAUUCCCAAGGUUAUAAGUUACCUUUCAUAUGACGAACCUCUGGGGAUCACUUUAGCUUCAUCUGCUGUUGUUUUUGCUCUGAUCACAGCAUUUGUGUCUGGACUCUUUCUAAAGCACCAGGACACUCCCAUAAUCAAAGCUAACAACAGAAACCUCACCUACAUCCUUCUCAUCUCCCUGCUACUUUGCUUUCUCUGCCCCUUGCUAUUUAUUGGUGAGCCAAAAAUGAUGACCUGUCUUACCCGGCAGACAGCAUUUGGCAUCAUCUUCUCCAUUGCUCUCUCAUCUCUUUUGGCUAAAACAGUCACUGUGGUUAUGGCAUUCACAAUUACUAAACCAGGAUCCUGGAUGAUAAAGUGGAUGGGAAAAAGACUGGCAAUCUUCACUGUCCUUUUCUUCUCUCUUAUUCAAGCAGGAUUUUGCACAGUUUGGCUAAGCAUUUCCCCUCCAUUCCCACAUAUGGAUAUGCAUUCAUUGAAAGGGAAAAUCAUAAUGGCUUGUGAUGAACAAGCCACUUUUUUGUUUGGCUGUGUGCUGGGUUAUUUAGGUGUUUUGGCCAUUAUUAGUUUCACUGCUGCUUUUUUUGCUAGGAAGUUACCUGCUAGUUUUAAUGAAUCCAAAUUCAUUGCUUUCAGCAUGUUGGUCUUUUGCAGUGUUUGGCUGUCGUUUGUGCCAACCUACUUGAGCACAAGAGGGAAAUACAUGGUAGCCAUGGAGAUCUUCUCCAUCUUAUCAUCCGGUGCUGGAUUACUUGGUGGCAUCUGUUUCCCUAAGUGCUAUAUUCUUGUGCUAAGGCCCCAGCUUAAUAAAAGGGAAAGGAUAGUAAAAAAAUAA